CUUCUCCCAAGUCGAUAACUUCUCUUCUCAAAUCUCUAACUUCCCUCUUCUUCCCUAAAUCCUCUCUUCUCGAUUUUGUUGGUUUUUAUCGAAGAGAAGUUGGGUUCUGUCGAAGAGAAGUUGUGGUCCCGAUUUUGUUGGUUUUUAUCGAAGAUAAGUUGGGUUCUGUCGAAGAGAAGUUGUGGUCCCGAUUUUGUUGGUUUUUAUCGAAGAGAAGUUGGGUUCUGUCGAAGAGAAGUUGUGGUCCCGAUUUUGUUGGUUUCUGUCAAACAACUGGGGAAAGGUCUGAAAACAUGGCUGUGGAAGAGAGAUUUACUGUGGUGUUGACAUAUGAAAACAAAACCGAUUCUUUAUAUAAUGUCCCUAUUGCAAGGUAUUCGUACAUAUCCUUGUUGUCUGAUGUUUAUAAGUUGUUUAACAUAGCUGCAUCAUUUGUUUCGUUUGUUACUGGUAGUGGGAUGAGUGUAGAAAAUGAUGAUGAUUUAAUGUUGGCUUUUGAGUUGUACAAACGUAGUCAUAAAUUGCCUUUGACUGUACACGUAAAGGGGGUCCCUCUGAACACUGAGAUGUCUGAUGAUGACGAUGAUGAUGAUGAUGUUUGUAUUAUUGGUGAGAGCAGUGAUACUGGUGAGGGUAGUAACCUUGGUGAGGGUGGUAAUACUGUUGAGGAUAUUAACCUUGAUGAUGCCUUAGGUAGAAAAACUCCCCCAUUAAAUAGGGAUGUGUCCACAAGAGGUAGGGGCAGGAGUGUGCCAUUAAGAGGAAAGGGAGGAAGAAGCAGUUUUACUAGAGGUAGAGGGAUAAGACAGGAAAGUGUUAGUGAAAGUGGGCAGUUAGGGGGAGGGGCCAAUGAAUCACCACAAAUUGAUUCUGAAAGUGAUGUAUCAUUCAAUGAAAGUGAGGUUGGAGAUGAUUUACCUGAAGAAGUUAUAUUUGACAAUGAGAUUAGUACUGAGGAGUCAGAUGGGUUAUCAGGUUAUGCUAGUGACAAUGACAAAGAGGUUGAAGAUAGUGAGAAUGAGUCUUAUGAUCCAAAUAAUAGAAAGAAAAAAUAUAUUGAUCCUUAUCAUGGCAUGUAUGAUCAUCCCUUCCAACACAAUGAAGGGGAAGAGAUUUUGUUUAAAGAGGGCCAAGUUUUUAAGGACAUUGUAACUUUGAGGAAUGCAAUGAGAGAUUAUGCUAUUAAGGGGGGAUAUGAUAUUACAAGAGUUAAAAAUGACUCUACUAGAUUAACAGCUAAGUGUUCCAGUACAGGAUGUCCCUGGAGGUUUCAUGCAUCAGUUUUGUCUGACCAAGUCACUUUCAUGGUUAAGACUCUACAUGAUGAGCACACAUGCAUAAGACCAUUAAGAAAUGAAAAUUUGAAUUCAAACACCAAGUGGAUAGUAGAAAAACUUAGGGAAAAGCUGAGGGCAGACCCUGACAUGAGUUAUGAACUCAUGCAGCAUGAGUUGAUGGGAAAAUGGGGUGUGGAAGUUCCUGUGUGGCAAUUAUAUAGAGCUAAGUGCAAGGCUAGAGAUGAGAAUAUGGGCAUGCAUUGUGAAAGUUUCCAAAAACUUAAGAAAUAUGUCCAUUAUUUGCAAACAUAUAACCCGGGUACAGUUGUAAAAAUUCAGCCAGCUCCAAGGGUUAAUGAAGAUGAUCCUUUUGUUUUUCAAAGAAUAUGGAUUAUGUUUGAUGCUAUAAAGUCUGGGUUUGAGAAUGGUUGUAGACCCUUUAUAGGAUUAGAUGGUUGCCACUUGAAGGGUCCAUAUGGAGGGAUUUUCCUAGUUGCAGUCAUACUGGAUGGAAAUAGAGGUGUGCUACCUCUUGCAUUUUCUAUAGUUGAAGCAGAAUGUGGUGAUAGCUGGACAUUUUUCCUAGAGAAUCUUUAUUCUUGCAUUGGUGGAGGAACUGAUGCUAGGCCUUUAACUAUUAUGUCAGAUAGGCAAAAGGGACUCAUUGAUGCUGUCAAAAAUAUAUUUCCCAAUGCAUCUCAUAGAGUUUGUUGCAGGCAUUUAUACAUGAAUUUCAAGAAAGAGUUCCCUGGACUGAUGCUCAGAGAUGAUUUUUGGAAUGCUGCAAAGAGUACUCAUUCUUAUGAGUUUUGGCUUCACAUGAAGAAUUUGAAGCCCAAGCGAGAUCAAAAGCCAUAUGACUGGUUGAUCAACAUACCAUUCAGUCAAUGGACUAGACAUGCAUUCUGGCCUGAAGCUAAGUGUGACAAUUACACUAACAACAUGACCGAAUCAUUCAAUGCAUGGAUAGUGAAAUUGAGAGGUUUGCCUAUUAUCAAUAUUAUUGAAUCUAUUAGGCAGAAAUGUAUGGUUAGGUUGCAUAGAAGAUUUGUUAAAGCUCAAACAUGGGAAGGGAUAGUUACACCAAGAACAAAGAAAGUAUUGAAUAAAAUCAUUACUGCCAGUAGGUUUCUUAAGUUGCUCCCUGGUAGAAAUGAAGAGUAUGAGGUUCAUGAGGGUCCAUGUAGGUUUGCUGUUAGUUUAGCUAAAAGGACAUGCAGUUGUGGAUGGUGGGAUAUAAGUGGUUUACCAUGCAAGCAUGCUGCUAGAGCAAUUGCAUAUGUUAGGGGCAAUAUUGAAGAGUUUUGCCAUGAAUAUUACACUGUGCAGUGCUAUUCAAGAGUUUAUGCAGGUGCCAUACAUCCUGUUCCUCAAACUGAGCUUGAACCUGAUAAUGAACACCCAUCAAUGUUGCCACCUCCUUUGAGGAGGCAACCAGGAAGGCCAAGGAAGGCUAGAAAGAGAGAUGAGAGUGAACCACCAGCAAGAGGAAGGAGGACAUCAACUGUCACUUGUGCUAGGUGCUUACAAACAGGCCACAAUAAGAGAAGUUGUCAAUAUGCUGCUGUUGGGGCAAAUAUGGCUGCAAGUCAAAAGAAGAGAAAACACACUACUGCAUCAAGUGCGGGGACUUCAAGAGGGGUUAAUACUAAUCAAGUGGGAUCAAGUGGUGGACCAACUAUCUAAAGGAGCCUUUGGAAUAUCCAAUGAUCUUUUUGAGAAUGUUGUUAGUUGAUGGGAUAUAAUUUGUACAUUUUGGGAAAACAUGUAUUUUGGGGCAUUGGAUUGAGCUUUUUGUCUAUUUGGAAAUAUUGUAAAUCUGUGCACAGAUUCUUUUUUGGGAGUUUAUCAUAGAUAUUGGUACAGUGCUACAGAUAUUGGCCUUACUUGAUCAUUAAAAUGGCAGUAAUAGAUGUAUGACAUUGUAAUGAUCAAGUCUGAUUUUGUAAAGUCUCAUUUUGUAAUACAUAUUUGAACAAAAAGGACAUAUUAAUGAAGUUAUGCCUUUAAUUUCAUUUG